AUGUCUCCGAUUCAGAUAGUUGACAAAAUUCUCCUCCUUUUAUUCCUUUUUCAUAUCAAUCAUGUGAUCGGACAAGAGAAGUUCGACUCGAUUCCAAUCACUUCGAUCUCGAUUCCGAUCAAAAUCACCGGCCCAAUCAACGUGACAUUGCCCCGAGAAAGUGUCGAGUUAACAAUCGACUUUGAGAAUGAUCCCAAUGACUCCUUUGAGAACGUUUCUCUCUCAUUUCAAUGGGAGGUGAUCGCUGGGACGGGCCUAGCCACCGCUAAAGCCUACAAUCGACGAAAGUUGACACUUGUACAGUUGAAAUCGGGAGUGAUUGUCGUUCGUGCAACUGUCACCGGCAAGGAUUUCAACGGCAGAGCUGAGCACACGCUGGAGUUGAUUGAGCCACCGGAGGCUUCUCGGCCACCACAAGCUGUUAUUCGACCUGAAGGACCGAUCGAAAGUGUUGAAGGAAACACAUUGACAUUGGAUGCUGAAGGCAGUCUUGUCUCCGCCACUCCAGCUUCUUUUGAAUGGGUGCAAGUCUCGGGUCCAACUGUUGCUCUUUCCGCUACGAACACUCCCAGUUUGAAGAUUGAACGCUUAGCGCAAGGGGUUUACAAAUUUCGAGUGACAGUCAGUGACACCGAAGGGAGAUCCGAUUCAACAACAGUUACUGUCAAUGUAAAAGAAGAGCGUGACGAUCCACCGAAAGCGCACAUCACCGAGUGUGGAACGGGAACGGCGACCGGGAUGGUUUCUGUUCGAUUACCCUUGAAUCAUAUUCAUCUCUGCGCAAACUCAAGUCAAGAUGAUAAAGGAAUUGUUGAAUAUCGCUGGUAUCGAGUCGACUCGUUCACUCAUGAGCUCACUGUUGAUAUUGAUGGGUCAUCAAGUAAUGUGCUGGAGCUAAGAAAUUUACAGGCGACUGAACAACUCGGCGCCUAUGAGUUCGCAUUGGAUGUUGUUGAUGGAAAACACCAAAAAGACUCGACAAAAGUCUCGGUUUUCGUCCACGCGGCGCACAAUUUGCCUCCAGAGCCAAACGGAGGCGGCAAUCGAACAGUGAUUUUACCUGAAUCUUCGUUGGUUUUAGAGGGAAACGCGAAAGAUGAUGGGGUGAUAAAAGCGUUUAAUUGGACACAAAUUAGUGGCCCAUCAACAAUUUCAAUCGUAAACGCGAAUCAAGCAAAAGCAACCAUAUCUAAGCUCAUCCUUGGUGAUUAUAUCUUCCAAUUCUCAGUGACAGAUGAUGGAGGACUAGAGGCACACGAUAUUGUCAAAGUAUCGGUGAUUAGAGGUGAAAACAAGCCACCGAUAGCCUUAGCCGAAAAUGUGACCGUUUCCCUGCCGAUCUCUGUCGUCAAAUUGGACGGAUCGGCGAGCCACGACGAUGCGGGGAUUGUCGCCUAUCGAUGGACACCAGAUGAUGAUACUCCAGCGAUUUUGGAACUCCUCGAUGGCUCACAGAACACUCCAGUCCUCCUUGUUGGCGGCCUAGUUGAAGGGAUUUUUAAAUUCAAUUUCUCGGUUCGUGAUCAACAAGAGGAAAAGGAUGAGAAAUGGGUGUGGCUACAUGUGGAGAAAGGUGAAGCUGAGCGCGAGUCUGUCGAGUUGUUGAUUCGACAAUCUGUUGAGCGAUUCUCCUAUUUACAGAAAUCAAAAUUAGAGAACAGAAUCGCAGCCAUUCUCUCCUCCGGUGUUUCUGGUGUUUCCCAAGUACUGAUUCAUACAACUCGUCUCGAAGAAUAUCACUCAAGUGGCGGCGAUUUCCGAAUGCUUUUCUGGGCUGAAGCUAUCGAUCAAACAGAUGGCCUCGAGGAAGCGAUUCGUGAAUUCGUGCGGAAUAUCUACUUUGUGCAUGAGCAGAAACGAAUGGAUGUCGCUUUCGAGAAAGUGGAUCCUCCACCUUGCCCAUUGCUGCCCGAAGAAGAAAAGUUACGCGUUGGCACCGAGAAUAAAACUUCAAAGACUUUUAGACGAAAAUGCAUUGGACGCUGCCGAAAACAUCAAGCUGAUUACACUUUGUUAGCCGGUUUACCCUCACAGGCUCUCGAACACUACCAAAAUGCGAUCGAGUUGUUGAAAUCGGCAAACGACUUUUUGUGGCUAGCUGGAGCUCUUGAGGGCUGGGCGUGCGCGGCGAUGGCGUUAAUUUUUGAGGAAAUGAAUACGAAUAGGUCUUCAAUGCAUCGAGUGGCCACGUUAACCCCGGCACAACUACGAGAAGCUGCUCAAGGGAAAAACUAUCACUCGUUGGGAUUUCAACACUCAUUGGCUCUGAUCAAUUCGUCGGAUAAACUUGGGAUUUGCGAUGUGAGAGUACAGAUCACUCAACCGAAAGUAAAUGGAGGACCGUCGUUGAUAAAGCUGGCGAAUGAAUUUGACACGACGAAUGACUCACUCUGUACGCCGACGCUGGAAUCGGAGGGAUUCACGUUGGCGCCCGGUGAGCAAAAGCCGAUCGAGUUCACGAUGUUUGGCGUCGACCCGACGGCGACAACGGAUGACGAGAAAUCGCAGAGUUUAGAUGAAACGAGGAUGAGCGAUUUUCGACCUCCCUCUCCAACGCCAUCGAUUGUCUCCGAAAUGUCGUCAGCUACAUUCAUUGGUGAUCGAAUUCCGUACACGGGUCGCCUCCUCACCGCACAAUUCGUUUUCGACUACACGGCAACUUUGGAGGGACCGAGUGGAGAGCAUUACAAACGAACCGCUCGUCUACCCAUCGCGAUCACUGUUGUGCCGGCGAUCACAGUUGCUGCUUGGAGUAUUUUACCCGGUGAUGGACCAUUUACUAGAUACAUUGUGGUCGACGUGUCGAAUUCGACGGACUCCGAUGCGGAUUUGGUUUUCUCUGGGACAAGGGCGAUGAGUGUGCCACCGAGAGAAACGUGCAGAGUACCCUUACUAUGCCCGUGCUGUACCGAGGUGGCGGGUCGAGCCUUUUAUGCGGCGCAACAAAAAGACAGCAAAGUGAUGCAAAGACUAGAGAUCGAGCGGCUACGACGAAUCUUAGAAGCGCAUGUCGCAAAGCAUUUGGACAUUCGGUGGACGAUUUCGACGAAAAAUUUGGAAGGCCUAGUUCCGGUGGGUGCUCUUCUCUCGUCGAUCCCAUUGCUUAAACAACUUGUCUUGCCGGCGAUAUCGCUAGAACUGAUCGUGAACGGUGUCCCUUAUUUGUCGCAAGAUGACCUAUCGGUGGGAAUCGGUGAUGUGAAUGUGUUAGAGAUUGCCGUCAUCUCGUCAUUGGAUUAUGAAUUCCACGGUGAAAUGGAGCUCGAAUGCGAGCAGGAGGUGUUGUUGAGGAGAAAAUCGAUUCCCCGUCCACACAAUUUGGUCAUUGUCGGCAGCAGAAAGGUGCCGUUUUCGGUGCCAACAAAGGGUGGCGACGACUCUCUUCUGACACCAAAGUCGAAAAUCGUCUUUCGACUCCUCUUUCGUGUCGAGGGUGUGUACAAGGUUCGACCAAUUGUGCGAGCGCGUCGCGAAGAGCAACAACUAUUCGCUGAUGAGAAAUCGGAUUCACUCUCACUCCUUAUCAAGUGUCGCGUUGUCGUCCGAUGUUUUUGUAUCAGC